CACUCGUCUCAGGUGCGUAUCCUUCUCUGCCUGCCGUUGCUAACGCUCCGGAGUGGACCCCUCAUCUCAAAUGCGUCGUCUGGAACGGUGAAGAGACAUAGCCUACACACAACAAAUGACCAAAACAAUACUGGAUGAACUGCAACAAGAACAAUCUGUUAUGUAGAAACAAUGAUUGACUAUCAGUCGUUGCUUUCAAGCUCUCCCGGUUUUGCUGUUGGGAAGUUGUGAAAAAGCGCAGAAGGACCAGGAACUUUAGAAGACUUCAGAGUUGCUAUGCACUCGACCGAUUAAGCCGGGUGCCUGGUCGAGUUUGAAAGUCUAUGCAAUAGGCUACAUUUUAGACUUCUUUUGACUCAGGGAUUUUGCGUUUUGAAAGCUUGAUGUCUACACAUUUUUCCUAGGUUAUUUUUUGUCGUGGUGGGCACAUUCACGCGCUAAAGGAAAUUAUAUUUCUUUAACAUUACCCUGUUUUUGUUUUUGAAAAUGGAGAGCAAAUGAGAGGGGCAUUUCCCGGGAUUAAUUGACAGCACAACGACAGAAUGCGGGAGCGAGACCUACGGAGCGUGUGCAGAAGGGUGCUGCUGCUGGCUGUCUGUCUGGUGUCUCUCUGGGGACAGCUGACCCUCGCUUCGUCACACAGAAGUCACAUAGUGCAUGUCAAAGCAGGGACCUGUGAAGUGACCGCCGCCCACCGCUGCUGCAACAAGAACAAGAUCGAGGAGAGAUCCCAGACGGUCAAAUGUUCCUGCUUCCCUGGACAGGUUGCCGGGACAACAAGAGCGGCUCCAUCUUGUGUGGACGCAUCCAUAGUUGCCCAGAAGUGGUGGUGUCAGAUGCAUCCAUGUAUGGAUGGGGAGGAGUGUAAAGUGUUGCCUGAUCUGAAAGGCUGGAGCUGCAGUACUGGAAACAAAGUGAAGACGACGAAGGUCACGCGAUAGUGCUGUCUGUCCUGGAUCUGAAGACUUGGCGUCGUCAGUCAUUUCUUCCUUGACAGAAACCACAGGGUCUUCUUGGAUGUGAGAACUAUGUAUUGAAUGAUUAUGGGAAGGAACCAGGGUCCAAUAAGGGAAAAUGGAAAAACACUGAAAUUCCACUGAAUGGAUGCAGAGCAGAGACUUGACCUGGAAAUCACAUAGAACCCCCCAUCCAGACUACUGGACUACUGAUUACAUCCAAUUCCUAGCCGUUAUUGUAUCACCCACCAAAUUCCUGUUUGUGUUUUGUCCUCCAAUGGACUACUACAGUAGGAGAUCCAACCUGCAAGGUAUUUAUUCAGUAAAAAGACAAACUGUGGAUUACGCAAGCAAGAUAAACCUUAAUGCGAAACGUGACGUGACAUCUUCAAAUCUUUUCCUCUUUUUGUCACUGAGAGCUCAUUGACUCCAAAACAACGUGUCUGUGUUCGAGAUCGAUUUUACGUCAUAAGCAUUUCCAUUCCUUUUUAGCCUUAUGAAGCAGAUGUCUCUUGUUUUUAAGGUUUUUGAUUUGGAAAAAAAAUAUGAAGUGUACGGUUUUAGUAAUUCUGUUGGACUAUCAGGUCUGUUUUUGAAGACUUGAGACAUCAAAGGAGAUGGCACAGUAGAAAAAAGAGUUCUAACUACUACGUUUCAGUGUUUGAAUUAAAAGGCACCAUCAAUUCAACGUCUAUUCCACGUUGGUUCAACGUAAUUUCAUUGAAAUGACGUGGAAACAACGUUGAUUCAACCAGUGUGUGCCCAGUGGGAUGGUUUCACCAAACCAAUUAAAAUUACAUAAGCUGAGCUUCAACUGUUUUACUAUCUGUUUUACUAUCUGUUUUACUAUCUGUUUUACUAUCUGUUUUUAAAAGCCUGGUGACCAACAUUGAGUAAAAGUGUCAGUAUUAUCUCAAUAAACCUAUG